AUGUCAUCUCCCUCCUCACCCCCUGGCAAGCGCAAGCGCAGCGCCUCCAACAUCCAGGUGCCGACCGCCACGGAGCCGCAACCCUCCUCGCGCGACGCGUCCGGCGAAGAAGGCGAGGAUUCGGGUGCCAACGUCCCGAGCAAGAAGCCAGACAGCUCGAACCCGCCAUCGAAGCGGGCUCGUAAGAGCUCCGACAAUGCCAGCUCCGCCAGUCCCAAUGGCGCUGAUCCCACGAUGAACAAAGAAGACCCGGGCGAGCCGUCGGAGACGACGGUCGCUAGUAGCGAUAUCGAGGGCCGGCCGCGGAGUCGUCCUGGGCUACAUAUUGAACUUCCCGCGGACGAUGAGAAAACAAUGGCGCCGCCGGCGCGUGGUGGGUUGCAGGAUCCUGUGGGGUAUCAUACUAACCCGCCGCCGACGGGGAGACCGGUUCGGGUUUAUGCGGAUGGUGUUUUUGAUCUGUUCCACCUUGGUCAUAUGAGACAGCUCGAACAGGCCAAGAAGGCCUUCCCUGACGUGUUCCUGAUUGUCGGUGUGACCGGUGACGAAGAAACCCACAUGCGAAAGGGCUUGACUGUUCUGAGCGGAGCCGAGCGUGCGGAAACCAUUCGUCACUGCAAAUGGGUCGACGAGGUCAUCCCCAACUGUCCCUGGGUCGUGACACCCGAGUUCUUGUCCGAGCACCAGAUCGACUACGUUGCCCACGACGACCUGCCCUACCAGGCCGCGGAGGGUGAUGAUAUCUACGAGCCCAUCAAAGCUCAGGGCAAGUUCCUGGUUACCCAGCGGACAGAGGGUGUCAGCACCACCGGCAUUAUCACCCGUAUCGUCCGUGACUACGACCAGUACAUAUCCCGCCAAUUCAAGCGCGGCGCCUCCCGACAGGAACUCAACGUAUCGUGGCUGAAGAAGAACGAACUCGAGAUCAAGCGACACGUGGUGGAACUCCGGGACAACAUCCGAACCAACUGGAGCAUGACGGGCCAAGAACUCGGUCGGGAACUGCGUCAGAUCUGGCAAAACAGCCGCCCCAACAGCCCGGCGCCCAGCGCUCGGAACAGCGUCGACUACGGCAGCAGCCGUGGUCCCCUGGCCAGUCCAACCGGCGGUAGCAAAUCGCACCUUUCCCGCGUGGAAGCCCUCAACCGCCCCGAGAGUCCUGGCGUCGGAGGUCGGAACGAGGACUUUGCGACCGGUUACAGCCUGGGUUUGAUUGGAGGAGUUCGGGCAUGGAUGGCUCGUAGCCGCCAGUCCCUCACGGAACCACUCAGCCACCCGCAGUCGCCGGCAAACGACGAGUCCGAGUCCGAGCAGAAUGGCUACGACGAGGAACACCGCGGCCGGGCGGGCAAGAACGUCUCCGCGUAA